AUGGAAGCAGAUCCAAAAUUAUUAUCUCUUUUAGAAAAAGUAAAUAAUCCAAUAGAAUCCCUUACAAUAAAUUUAACUAUAAAAGUAAUGAGACAUUAGCAUAAUAAAAGGGUAUUUAUGGAUUUAGUGAUGAUUGGAGAAUAACAGAUGAAACAAAUCCAGGAAUAUUUGCAAAUGUGAUACGUUAUUAAGGAGAGGAUAUGUUUGGUAAGAUAAGAGCAAGAGAAUAAACAGAGAAGGAGAAAUAUGAAGAGUAUUAGAAAAAUAGUAAGAAAAACAAAAAAGAUUCUAAAAGUCCAGAAGAGGAAGAAGCUAUGAAGAAAGCAUUGGCAUUAGAAGAAGAAGAAGAAUAAUAAAAGUAAAAGCAUUUAGAAAGUUUAUCUGAGUAAGAAAAGUUGUUUUUUAUUUCAGAAGAUAAAUAGAAAACUGCCAGCAUUUAAUAUGAGGAAACACAUUAAAUAACUAUAAAAAAUGUUAGGUAAUUGGAAGAAGAGAUUUUAGAAUAACGAAACAUAAUUCAAUUUAUAAGACAACCAGCUGUAACAGAAGAAGAGUUAGUAAAAUUAAAGAAGGGUAAGACAAAGAAUUUGAAUAAUGCUGAAUUAACUUAGAUUAUUUUUAAGGGUAUUUUUGAUUUAAGUGAUUUAUUGGAACCUGGUUGUAUAAAUACAACAGUGAGAAUAUUUUUAAAAUAAGAAGAAGGUUUAGAUUGUCCUAAAUAUAACUGUGAUAAAAUGUAUAUGAAAAUUGAAGUGAAUAUUAAUCCUGCACUUACACCUUUAGUUGAAGAAGUACCAGAAUUGAAAAUAGAACCUGUUAUCAUUCAAAAGAUUCCAAGCAAAUUUGAAUGUGUGUGGCAAUUCAAGAGUAUACUCAUUUCAUAAUAAUCAUUUAGAGGAUAUUAAAGAAGCUAUGAAGGCUCUUGAAGAAGAAUACAGCAAAUUGUAUUAAAGUGAUUAAAAAUAGAAGAAUUAACCUAUGGUUAGCAUGACUCAUUAAAGAUGGCUAGAGUUAACUAAAAAAAAAGAAUCUUUUCUUAAUGAAAUGAAUACUUCUGGUAAAUACAAUAUUCUUUAAGAGAGACUUAGAUCCUCUAUUAUAAGAGUUUGUAUUGAUAAAUUUGCUAAGGAAGGAUUAUUUGUAGGAGUUAAUAAAGAUGAAUAAGAUAGAUUAUUUGCAGAAUUAUAUGUAUUUAUGAUGGAAGAAAUGUAAACUACACUUGGAGAAUAUAUAUAAAAUAAUAAAGAAGAUGAUAUUCAUGAAGAUUUAGUCUUAACAUAUGAAUAAACUAUUAGAGAAAGAGAUAGAGUAUUUAAAAGACUUAAGGAAUCUCAAUUAGAAAAGUUUUAAAGAUUAGCUAAAGAAUAUGAAACUAUUAAUUAAAUUGAUUAAGCACUUAAAUACUAUACAAAUAUGGUUUUAGUUGAUAAGACAUCUGCCUCUGUUUUUGCUAAAUAUUGUCUUAAAAUACGUAGAUUCAAAGCAGCUGAACAAUUAAUUUAAAUGGUAAGAGAUGUUGAAUGGAAUAAAGAAAAUGAAUUACUUAUGGCUUCUCUUUAUAUUCGUAGGGAAAGAUAUAAAGAAGCUACCUAUAUUUUAUAAUAAUUAUUACAAAAAGAACCUAUUAACACAUUAUUUAAUUUGCUCAUGUCAUUUAUUUAUAAACAGUAAGGCAAUGAUAACAUGGCUGAUAAAUAUUUAAGAUGCACAUAACGUAUUUUCAUGAGAACUAUGGGAUUAUUAACUAAAGGGUAUUUUUAUUAUUAUUUAUAUAAGAUUUCCUAAAUAAUAGCCUGAUCCCCAUUUACUACCUAAUUUUAAAUAAUAAAUGAUUGAAUAAUAAGAAAAAGCUAAAAAAGCACCAGUAUUAACUUAAGAAUAAAUUGAUUCCAUUCAACUAGAAUUAAUUGAAUAUUUUGCAUCUAGAAAUUUGUUUGAUCUAGCUGAGAAAGCAUUAGUAUCAAUUAAAGACAAAACGACAUAAAAAAUAAAUAUUAUUAAAGCUUAAAUUCAUAUAUUUAAUGAGAAUUAUUCUGAAGCUCUUACUCUGAUAUCAAAAUUAUUAAAUUAGAAUCCCAGAUUUUAUGAUGUAUAUUUAAUAAAGGGUUCUUUAUGUUUUUAAACAGAAUAGUUUUAUGAAGCUGAAGAAACGUUUUUAAAAGCACUUUCAAUAUAAUCUAAAAGAUCAUUUGAAAUCUAAUUAAGAUUAGGCUACUUAUAUUUGAAGCGUAAAUCAUGGUAAGAUGCUAAAGGGAUUUUUGAGAAAGCUUUGGAUUAAUAGCCUAAUAGUUCUUUAUCAUGGUUAGGGUUAGGAAUUGCAAAUUUAAGAUUAAGAGAUCCAAUAGCAGAAGAAUGUCUUUGUUAAGCAAAUAUAUAUGAACCAUUUAAUGGAGAAGUAUGGGGAUAUUUGGCAUUGAAUUGUUUACUUUAAAAAAGAGGUUAAUAAGCUAAGUAAUGUUUGUAAAGAAUGGAAUAAACUGAAGUUAAUGAUUUAGAUUUAUUACUUGAAUUGGCUGAAGAAAUGUCAUUAUGUUAAGAUUUUUAAAGUUGCAGAUCAAUAUUAAUGAGAGUUUAUGAUUCAAAGAUUAAAAUUUCAAAUAUGGGCAAAUUGUUAAUGAAUUUAGGAUAAGUACAUUCAUAACUUUAAAGAAACGAAGAAGCUAAACAAUAUUAUAUUUAAUCAUUAAAAUAUUUGGAAAGUGUUAAUGAAAAAGCAAAAGUAAAUUCUGAAAUCAAGAUAUUAUGA